CGAGCCAGCACGAUGGUUGCAGCGGUGCAAUUAUUGGUGUCCCUUAGUACUCUUACUAUUAUAGUGAACUCGAGCGGGCCCGAGUGUGGCGCUCGAAAUCAAUUUCGUGAAUAUUGUUUCUCAUUUGAAUACUGCACUAACUUCACGUGCCAAAGUGAAAAGUGCGGGCGUUUUCCACGUAACAGUGUAUCGCUGAAUAUACAACAAACGAAAAUUAUACCCCAGUGUGCUAUUAUGCACUCAACUACCUUGAAACGUAUAAGUGGCAUCGGCAGUAACAUACAGGUUUUGACUUCUGGUUCAUUCGCAUAUUUACCCAAUUUAGAAAGUAUUAUUUUGCCGUUUAAUCAAAUAUGCGAGCUGCAUCAUGGAAUUUUUUAUAAUGUUAACGCAUCUUUGCUGGAUCUGAGCUGGAACAAAAUUAUUUACAUUCCGGAAGGGGCUUUUAAUGGAAUAAAUGGACUGACACAUUUAAAUUUGAGCAGAAACGAACUGACGACUAUACCAUCGGAAUAUUUACCUAGAAGCUUAGUAAAAUUAAAUUUGUCGUACAACUUCCUAGAAUGGAUAGCUUUGAAUGGCGCUAAACAACCUGACUUAACAUCCGUGGAUCUCAGCUACAAUAAUUUAGAGAAUGUUGCUCUGUCUUUUGAUAAUACCCUCGAAGAAUUAGAUCUAACACGUAAUAAUUUGAAGGACAUUGAUUUCUAUGACAUAAACAAUUGUGAAAAUUUAAGAAUACCGUCCAAUUCGUUUUCAGUCAUUCCACGAUUCUUGAAAUAUUCGAGAAUCCGACGUGUAGCUAUACAUCCCAAUCCAUGGAAAUGUGAUGAGCUCAAACGACUAUGGGAACAUUUACAGAACAACAAUAUCGAGGAAGAACAAUUCACUGACGAUUCUCAGCCUCUGUGUUCCAUUAAUUCAUUAACAUUUUUAAUCCUAUCCAAACGCAUCGACUUAGAGUGUGAAAAUGAUAACCACUGUGCCAAAAACCUGUUGUGCAGGGCCCAUAAAUGUUGGGAUCCUUGUAACAGCGCAUGUGACAGCACAAAUGUUUGCAGCGUUGAAAAUCAUAGAAUUGCCUGUCUGUGUCCGGAAACGAAAAAGAAAAAUCCAUAUAAACUUUUCUCGCCAUGUUACGACGUUGAAUGCUUUACAGAUAGCCACUGCUCCAUUGGAAAAAUCUGCAGUUUUAAUAAAACUUGUCUGCCAAUAAUGCAUAUUUUAAAUCAAGUACCAUCUGUUAUAUAUCAUGCAAUUGGUGAUCCUGCUAUAUAUCAAGAAAAUGCUGUUCCUACUACUACUACUCCUACUACUACUACUUUUUCUUAUGAUAAUACAAAACCUGUUGUUAGCAAUGUGCCUUGGUGGUUUGAAGUUAUACCAAAGCUGACACCUUCCCACAAGAUUUCUCAGACUUAAAGGGCUUUUUAAUUUAGCAUUAAUAUUAUAAUUGACUUAUGCGAGCUUUCAUCUUAAGUUAUACAUGCAUGAAAAGAUGUAACUUUUUCUGAUUUACGUGUAUCACUUCGUACCAUUUAAAAUGUAUGAAAUACUAUUGAUAGCAAAUAAAUACUUCAUCUAAGGGAAAAUACAUAAAAAUGUUAAA